GUUGAUUAUUAGCUUUAUUCUAUUGUGAAUGAAAUUCCGUAUCAAAACAAAUGAUCCUGGAUGUAUUGAAAAUUUCUCCAAUAUUGUUCAAAUGAUUGCUGGAUUAGCAAAAAAUGUGAUUUUACAUUUGAACAAAAAUCAAUUAUUAUUUAUUAUUAAAGAACGAUCUGUAUUUGGUGGAGUUACAGCAUGGUGCGAUUUAGAUCUUGCAAUAUUAUUUCCUGAACGUAUAUGUGAAGGAAUUUCACCGGAUCAAGAUGAAAUAUUCCUGGAAUUAAAUAUCGAUCAUUUAUUGCAUUGUAUUCGUCCGAAUACUCAAUCUACAUUUAGUCGUAAUCCUUUAUACAAUUCAAAUUACACAUCGAACUCAUAUACAACAGUGAAUAAAUCUCGAAUUGGAUCUAAUUCUGUAACAGGAAUGAUUAGUAAUUUAGAUCAAUCAGUUUGUCGACUACUUGGAUUGAAAAUAAAAUUAGUUAGACGUAAAACUCCUUGUUUAGCAAUUGAAUUGGAUCAGUCAAGUGUUACAGGUCAUCCACGUGCUGUUUGGCAUUUUAUUCCCGUUCAAGUUGUACCUCCACGUUUAUGGGAUGAAUUUGUUGAGCCACCAGAUCCAGAUUUUAAUGUGAGUAUUUUCUUCCCACCAGUGAAGACAUUACGCCCAUUUGUUGAUCGUAUGAAAAAAUUUGCAAAAUUUAUUAUUAUCAGUGCAAAUGGUUCAGGUGAAUUAAAUUUUGCUGUCAAUGUUGAAACGUUAGCUUCUGUUAAGUUAACAUUUCGAGGUUUAAAAGCUCGUAGUUGGAUGAAUUCAGAAUCAUUUUCAACUGAAAUUAAUGAUUCAAUUGACGAAGCUCAUAGUACAAUUUGGGAUUCAAACGAUGUUGAUUUGGAUAAUUCAAAACAGAUAAACAAUAACGAAGAUCCAAAUAAAAAAUUAGUGUCGAUUAGUUUAGACUUACGACGUAUUAGUCAGUUAUUAUCAAGUCCAAGAAUUGCACCAUCUUGUUUUGUUUGUAAUAUUAUACAUGAAAAGUUAGCACAAUUUCUAGUGUUAUUUGACAAUUAUAAAUUGAAAUAUAAUAUACCUGCAUCUAAUUUAUAAAAUAAAUAAUUAUCC